UCUGUACGUGCUGGUCAACAUAUAUUUGUCUCAUGGUAUCUCGUUAUCUGGAGUGGUGACGCAUCUGUUACUUGCCUUAUACAUGUACUAGAAAUCGAUUUCUGAUAUUCUGCGAUUCUAGAGGGCGCUUUAGCAUCCAAAACAAGACCAAAAUAUCGAUAUUCUAGUGAAAGCAGUGCAUAUUCUAAAUAUUAAAGAACAUUGCGUAGGAGAGGGACAGAGGAAUUGUUACUAUAGAAACACUGGGACCAAUGGCCACUAUGGCCGUAAUCAAAAUAAUGUUGUGUGGGACACUCUUAAUAGCUGUCAGUGGUGCUCCCCAGAGAAGGGACACCUCCAAACUCCCCCUCAAAAUGCCACAAGUAGCACCUAAAGUGAAAGACACGUACCUUUGUCACGCAAUGAAAACAAGCCAACCCAAUCCCACAUAUAUUGUUGGAUUUCAACCAGAUGCCAAUAAAGACAUAGCCCACCACAUUCUAAUCUACGGCUGUGGUACUCCAGGGAGUAGAGAAAGCGUCUGGAAUUGUGGAGAAAUGGCCCACACCACUUCAGAAUAUGCCUCAGGUGGGGUGUGUGGGAGCGGAUCGCAGAUCAUUUAUGCUUGGGCAAUGGACGCACCAAGUCUUACAUUACCAAAAGAUGUAGGAUUUAAAGUAGGAGGGGACUCCGACAUCAAAUAUCUGGUUCUACAAGUCCACUACAAGAAUGUGGAUAACUUCCUGCCACCAAAAAAUGGCAAGGACAGUUCUGGUGUCACUCUCCGUACCACGACGAGUCCAAUGCCCCGGUCAGCAGGUGUCUAUCUGUUGGGAACUGGCGGAAGUAUUCCUCCAAAGUCUGUUGAGUAUAUGGAAACUGCCUGUGAAAUAUCUGAGAACAUCGUUAUGCACCCAUUCGCCUUCAGGACGCAUGCACAUACACAUGGUGAAGUGACUGCUGGCUACCGCAUCCGAGACGGAAAAUGGACAGAAAUCGGUAGAAUGAGCCCCCAUAAACCACAGAUGUUUUACAAUGUGACCACGCCUAAUAUAGAAGUACGCAAAGGAGACAUUCUGGCCGCUAGGUGUACAAUGAAAAACGAUGAAUCGAGAACUAUCCAGAUAGGAGCAACCCAGAACGAUGAGAUGUGUAAUUUCUAUAUCAUGUAUUUUGUGGAUGGAACCAAGACAGCCAGAGACCACAAUUGUUUCUCUCCCGGUCCACCAUACUACUACUGGGAUAACUCGCCACUGGAGCACAAACUGAAUCUCAAGGAUGCCCCUCAGUCCGCCAGCAUCAUUCCCAACAAAAAUGUGUUCCUCAAAAUCUCAUCUCCUGCACAUCCGGGGAUCUCCGCGAAGGAUGUGACGUUGGAACAGAAUCUACAGGAUAAACGCCUGGCGCACCUGCUUGACUACCUCAACAAUGCAUAUGGCGAUCCUGACUACUAUCCCCAGUUCUGAAAUGUUCUAAAAUGGAGUCUGGUUAUUGUGUUCAGUAAUGGUUUUCAUUGAUAAGUCAAUUCACCAAAUGUUAUGAAAAUUUCACUGUCUCUAAAUUCGUUAUAUUUAUACUAAAAAUGCAUGUACUGAGGUAUUUUGUAAUAGCAGCAUAAUUUAUCAAAGAGAAAAAGUUUACAAAUGUUGAAUAAAUUUAAAGUUACGCACUUUGUUGAAUAAAUGUUUGUUUAUGUUUAUGUUUAGUAACGUUAGGAAGUAUU